UCCAGGCACUUCCAAGAAUUUGGAAAAGAUGUCGGCAUCUUAAAUGCAUAAUACACGCUCAGAUGAAGAGGAUUUUAUGAAAAAGAAAAAAUGGCAAGAAGUAGCAAAAGAGAUCUUUGUCUAUUCUGCAUUUAUUGAAAAAUGUCCCUCAGAUUUACCAUUACCUGCUUCAUAUUGUGUAAAAUAUAUUGGAAUUACUUUAUCUAAUAGAAGUAAUACAGAUUCUUCUGCAUCCAAUUUAAAAUGUGGUUUUAAAACUGAAUCUCGUAUUGUAAAGACUGGAUUUGCUGUUUCUGAGAAAUUACCAGAGGAUCAUUUUAAACCAUGCUCUGCUGCCUUUUUUUAUUGUUCUCUUAAAGAAAUACAUGAUGUUUUCUCAUGGCCUGAAUAUGCUACUCUAUUUGAAUCGUCAAUUUUAGCAUGGAUUCCAGUAGAACAUAUAAGAAACUUAACUGUUAACUUAGCUUUAAAUGUAUGUGUAAGACCAAUUUAUGACAGCUACUCUAUUUUGCACUUGAUUGAAUUUUUAGCAUACCAUUCUACUAUGGGUAUUGAUCAUUUUAUACUAUACCACCAUAACACAACCCAUUCAAUGCAGAUGCUUUUCAAAUUUUUAAUGGUUUUUAAUAUGAGUAUUGAGAUUUUGCCAUGGGACAUACCUCUUAAUAAUGAUUUAAUUCAUGAAUAUGGCCAAAUUGUUUUUACCCAGGACUGUAUAUCUCGUAGCAAACAUAAAUUCAGCCAUGCCCUUAUAGUUGAUUUAGAUGAAUAUAUCGUACCAAAAAUCCAUCCAAAUAUAAAACAUUUAUUAGAAUACUUAGAUAAUCAGCAUCAAAAUGCUGGAAGCUAUACUAUUCCUAUGGUAUUAUUUUGUCAGGAAUUUCAAUUUGAAAAGUCAUUAUCAUCACCUUUUCACAUUUUAUAUCAUAAUAAGAGACAGAAAACUCCAUGGAAACAUUGGUACAGGUCUAAGUAUGUUGCAAAACCUGAUAGAGUGCGUUAUGGGGGUAUUCAUUUUGUAUGGAAACAUUCUGAUGAUUGGCAAGAAAUUCCAGUCACUGAUUCACUGGUUAUGCUUCAUCAUUACAGACAUUGUUGUGGAAUGUUACAAACCUGGUUUCUUCAUUUAUUUAAAUUUUAUGUUUUAAGUGAUAAUGUAGUGAUUGAUAAUAGUUUGAUAAUCCAUAAACCUGAAAUUCUAAAUCACAGGCUGUUAAAUUUUUUUAAAUAUCCAUUAAUGUCCUGAAUUUGUUAUGUCUGUAUAUAUGUCUGUCUUAGCAGUACCACUGUUGUUUUCUUGUUUUGAUGCUAUUCUUAUUAAGCAAAUUAAAACUAGCUGUGAAAAUUUGAUUUUAUUCAAUUGAAAGCUACACAUUUGGUUUGGUACUAAUAAUAAACUACACUUUCAUGCAAGAUUUCAAAUAUUAUACAGGAAAUUCUCUUCAGAAAGAACACUUUCAUUUAUAUCAUAUGCAGCAGGAACCAGUGUAUAAAACUCAAGAACUUUUGAGGUUGAAACACUAAAAAAUAUCGGGUUUUAACAAAUGUUUCCCACCACCACAAAUAUCGUUUGCAAAGGCCAUUCACGUUGGCAUGUUUAAACAUAUUUUGUCAAAUGAUUUUUGGUAUAUGAAAGAAAGAGACUUGCUUUAGAAUACCGUGUUGUGAAAUUUGUAAAAAAAUAUCAUUAUUAUUAAACACAAAGUGUCUGAAAUGGGACUAUCACACUACCAGAUUAGAACCAUCAUUUACUUCCAGUUCUGUUGCAGAACUUGAGCUGCAACAGAACAAGAACUUGCUUGCAGUCGAGAGCUUGCUAAGGAGUUAGAUGUUAGUGUCAUGACUGUUAGUCACGCUAUGCAUUGCAUUAACUUGAUGUACAAGUUGAAUCACUGGGUGCAGCAUGAGCUGACUCAAGCAGAUAAGGACAAACAUGUUCGGGCUGUUCAAAUAUCGACUCAAGGACAAAAUUCUGGACCUGAUUGUCACUUUUAAUGAAAACUGGAUUUACUUCUACAACACAGGCUAAAAAAAAGGAUGUUGGUCUGCACCCGGUUAGCCCACCGGCAGCGUCGCAAAGCACAGUUUAACUAACAAGGAGUUCAUGCUUUGUGUCUGGCUGGUAUUAUCCACAAAGAGUACCUGGCAAAAGGUAAAACCCUCAACAGUAAGGUGUACAAUGAGAUGCUAGUCUGUGUUGAUGCUGCUAUCAAGGAAAAACAUCAAACUGAGUUCUGGCACAAAAAGGUGAUGUUCCAUCGAGAUAAAGCAAGACCAUGUGUGUCUGCAUUCACUGGCUGGACCUCUGUAUGGGACUCCAAUGGGAUUUUUUACCACAUCCACCAUAUAGCCCGACAUUGCUCCUUUAGACUUCUAUCUUUUUUCACACUUGCAGCUACAUAUUGUUGGUGCUGUCUUCCAUUCUGCACAGGACAUUCAUAAUGAGAUUGAUCUGUUUUUGGACUCGCUGCCACCAAGUUUCUGGGCUGAAAUCUUUGAAAACUACCAAAACUUUGGCAGAAAAUCAUAGAUUUGGGUGGUGAUUACUAUGUGCACUUAAAGAUACUGCUUUCGUGUUUUUUUAUCUUUAUUAAAAACUUUUUUUGGCACAAAACUUUCAUUAUAACCAGAUACUUAGGAAAAAUUCAUAAGCAAAUUAUACACCUUAGUUUCCAUUAAAAAUUUUAUCUUAGAAAAUUUUUCCUCGAAUUCUGAGUAAUAGCUGUCCUUGAGCUCCUAUCACUUAUUUUUGUUAUAUAUAUGGUAUCCCACUAAAAGUGCCAAAUAUAAUAUGUCCAAAAGAAUAUGCUUAGGAAACAGAAAAUAUUUUGCAUAAUAACAACAGGUAAAUGUUCCAGUUUAAAAAUGUCAUGUUUGAUCUGACCUAGUAACUGUGGCAUAUUGUUCCUGUCAGUUCAUUUCACAGUUUCAUUUUUAACUUAGUUAACAGGGAACUCCACACAAAGCAACAGUGAGUUUUGAUUGUGAAAAUUCAUUGCAAGAACUGCGAGCAUUAUGCACAGACUGUUAGAAAGUAUCGUGCAGGCUUUGGACAUGAACGUGCACCUUAUAAAACAAUAGUUCAAGAUUGAUAAAGAAAUUUGAGGACACAGGUUUGACAGCCGACAUAAAUCGCUACACUCUCAAUCUAGCCAGUCUCUUGAAAACAUUGCUGUUUUGCAUGGUAAUGUUAUUGCAAGUCCCAGAGAAUCUAAACUUAAAAGAAAUAACAAAAAAUAAUAAUAAUAAAUAAAAAUAAAGAAGAAAUUUAUUGUGUCAUUAGCCAUCAGGAUAGGCAGAUAUGUGAAAAUGUGAUUACAAAUUUCAUUGAGAGAGCGUGGUGCUGCAGAGCAAGCAUUAGAGGACAUAUGCCAUACAUUAUUUUUCAUUCUUAAAUUGGAACAUUUACUUACAGUACAUACGUUAAACAAUUUUCCAUUUUCUUAAUAUAAAGUAUAUCGUUGGGCAUAUUAAAUCUGGUCCUUUUGUUGGAACACCCUACAUAUUGGAAACUUCAAAUUGAAGUUCAAUCUAGAAUUCUAACCUGUUAGUACAAAUUGAAGUCUCAUCUAGAGACUUUACUGUAUUCUUAAGUAUGAAAUGUUUAGUCUGAAUGAAGGAUUUAUUUACGGAAAUCUAACAGUGUACAUGAAUUCUAUUGAAAGUAGUGUGAAGCAAUAAUCAGACAUUUAUAUACAGAACAAAUAUUUAGAAUGUACGUAAUUUUAUAAAAUUAUCUGCUUUCUGAGGGCCGCAAUGGCAGUUUCUCAAAACAAAAAAUUUCUUCUUGUGACCAUAAUAAGGAGCUAACUUACCUUAUAUUUAAAAACAAGUAUCUUUUGUAUCUGUGUUAUAACAUUUGGUUUCUUAGUUCCAGUGUGCUUAAAGCUCUUCCAACACUUACAAGAAAGUCACUGACACAACACAUUGGCUUGUGCUAAUUUAAGUUUCUACUUAGUUCUUUUUAUAUCAUAUCAGAUUUCCAUCUUAUUAUUUAUAGCAUAAAUUGUUUGACAGAAAAAUGUGCAUAUUCUUAACAGGCAUGCAAUUAUACAAAAUAACUAAUAGUUUAAAGUUUUACCACUUAGCUGCAACUUAUCUACUUAAUAGUCUUCUGCAUUGCUGCACUGAGAAAGAAGAUGCAUUCAGCAAUCAUCUAAAGUGAAUUUGAGGUAAAAAAAAAAUUCAGUUGAAGAUUAUUUUAUGAGGAGAUAAAACUGGUACUCUUGUGAAUGGCACUUCCUUUGGCACAAAUAAAUGGUAAAUACCUCUGUAAUAUUUCAGUUGUGAUUGCUUUUGUUUUUUUAUUUCAAAACCUCUAAAAUUAUCUGCCUGUAGUUGUGUUUGUGGAGAGAAUGGUGGCUUUAUCCCUUUUAAUUUUUAUUUUUCUCAUAUAUGAAUAUUCGUUUUUAAAAAGGAAAAUAAAAUUUUCAGAGAGAGUGCUUUAAUUUUGGUUUAAAUCCAAGUGUGUGUUCUGUUAGAAGUAACUUUUCUUUUAAACACAGGUGUGUAAGCUAAAUUUUGGCCAAUUUCUACAGAAGAUUACUGAAUACCUUUUCCUCAAUUUUAAUUGUUAUUUUAUUUUAAGUAACAUGGAUAACAUAAAAUUUUGGUGUACAUUCAUGUUUAUCCUUUGCUAAAAAUAGCGAUUCUAGUGUUUAAUGCAUGUGUGUAGUAUUAUUUUUCUCAUAGGUCUAUAUAUCACAGGCUGCUCUUAUUUUAUAUCAUGGUUUAAAGCUCAGGCUUUUAGAAAUAUUUUGCAAGUAUUAUGUACUUCUGAAAGUAUACUUUCAUCAUCAAACAUGGGAUAUUUUAUUUUAUUAUCAAACUGGUAAAUGAAGAAAUGUUAUUUCGAAAAGUUUGCUAAAAUUCAGUGUGCAGUUCUUAGUAAUAUUCAUAUCUGUGUUUACUUCUUAAAUGUACUUAUUUAAUCUGUCUGUUUGUAACAUGAAGGAUUUAUGUAUAGAUGCAUAGAGCAAUUUGUUAUUACAUAUUUAAUUAUUAAGUUUUAAUUUAUGUGUUUAAAUUUUUGCGAAGUUAUUCUUUCAAAUGUAUUUUCUGUUGUGCAUGUGCAUAAAUGGCAUCAGCCAGCUUAUUUUCAAAUUUUGUAUUCUAAGCUAGCGUUUAUAUAAUUUUGAUGGCUGCAAAUUCUAGAGUAGUUUUAGGGUAUAAAAAAUGUUAUAAGUCUGCAAAAGAUCUUGAUUGUUUUGUUCAUCAAUGUUAAUUUUUAUAUGCACUCAAAUCUAGAUUCAAUAAUUACUCAGGAGACAGCCUUAUUUUUUUUUUUUUUUAAUCUGGAGGAACUAAUACUGGCUUAUAAGCAUAUAUUGAAGUGAAAAAAAUUUAGAUACUCAUCUCAAUGUGAAUAUGUCACUAAGGUGAAAUAAUCAAUAAUAUUGAUAUACAAAGUCCAGUUUUAAAAGUUUUAAAAAUUGAUUCAUUAGUGUUUUUUGAAAAAAGAAAUCUUAAUUAAAGAAAUCUGGUUAAAAUAUACUGUUUCAAAAUUUUGCGCUCGGUAUUCUUCUGUUAUAUUUCAGGGAAACAUUAAAUGCUUCAUCUUCUAAUUAACAAUUAGGUAUAAAUGUUGCUCCCAUCUUUAAGCCAGAAGAAACACCCACAAAUGAGAAUAUUGUAUUGAGUCAUGCAUAAUAUGAAAAUUGGCUGCUCUACAAAAUAACAAUUUACAUUUUCAACAGCUCUUAAUAAUUGUUGACAAUUUGCAUUCAGUUUCAUAUUGUAUUGAAAAUCCAACUUUUUAAAAUCUAUUCUUUAUAGUGUUUGUGGUCACUUCAUUUCCUGAAUGUAGGGUAAAACUCAUCAAAUGAAGAAUUUUGAGUUUAUAUGUCCGAGUUUGUUAUUUCUUUUCCAAAUUUUUCCAAUAUUUAUCUAAGCAAUAAUUUCUUUGAAUUAUUCCGAUGUGCGAGAUGCAAAUGUACAACAAUGAAAAUGAAAUUUGAAAAUCAUACUGACAGUAUCUUCUUGAAAUGUUAAAGAUCUUUCUUAGAGAAUUGUUGACUAAUGAGUUUUGUGCCAAAAUAUGCAAAAUCAUGCUUCCUAAGCUCAUCUUACUCUCUUGACCUGAUCCUCAUGCAUUUUUUUCCUGUUUCCAAAAUUGAGAUAUGCUUCAAAAGAAGAAAGCUACUUCACUGUCAACAAUAUCGAAAAUUCGCAGAUAGAGCCCCACCAGUAGUUGAGUGACAAUAACUACUAAAUACUGGUGCUGUGGUUUCACUCGGGCAAAUGGACUGACUAUAUAUAAUAGUUUUUAGAGGUUCUUCCCAUGUGUAACAUGAGUACAGGUUAGUUUCACAUAGAAAAUCCACUGAUGAUUUCAACAUUUUAAUUGAAUUACAUUAUCAUGUUUUGAUUCAAAAAUUGGAAAUUUGGCAUCGGGAGUGCUGUAUCAUUGAAGAUAAAGAUAGACCUUGAAUAUAAAAGUCUUAAAUAAGUUGGAAAUGAGCGAAAUUAUAAAAUUAAAAAUAUGAAACCGUAAUUUAUGAAAUAAA